GCCCCGCCCCAACCGUUCCAAGGUUCCACCGCUCUGUGACAUCACCGCGGCCCGGUGGCACCGGAGGUGACAGCUCUGCCCCGGCUCUGCCACCUGCGCUGGCACCGAUGGCUUUGCUGGCGCUGCUCGUCCUGCUGGCCCUGGCCGGGCCCGUCUGGGCCACCUGGGACACCUGCAGAGGCACCUGCGGGCUCCGGCCCAUGGCCUUUGACCACAGCUCCGUGGCUGCCGAAUACUCCCAGGACAGCGACUACGAGCCCUUGGAUUCUUCCGAUGGCGCCUCCUUGGACAAGGGUGGCGCCGGGGUCCACCCGGGGGCCUGGCCCGGCGUCAUCAGCGUCCAGGCCACCCUGGAGAACGGCACGUGGCACAUGUGCUCGGGGGCACUCAUCCACCCCCAGUGGGUGCUCACGGUGGCCCAGUGCUUCACCAGGGCCGGGGACAUCUCCAGGUGGGAAGUGGUGAUCGGGGCCACGGAUCUGAGCCAGCCGGGCCCCGAGGCCGAGCUGCGCCACAUCCAGACCCUCCUGGUGCACCAAUAUUACGACCCCGCCACGGCCAGGAACAACAUCGCGCUGCUGGAGCUGGACCAGCCCGUGGAGUGCAGCGACUACAUCCAGCUGGGCUGCGUGCCCGACAGCUCCCUGGCCGUGCCCGAGCUGAAGACCUGCUACAUGGCGGGCUGGAGAGCCACCCCGGACAGCGCCCCCGGCCCGCGCCUGGUGCUGCAGGAGGCCAAGGUGCGGCUCAUCGACGUCCAGCUGUGCAACAGCAGCCGCUGGUACGGGGGGGCCGUGCACCCCCAGGACCUGUGCGCGGGGUACCCGCGGGGCGGCAUCGACACCUGCCAGGGGGACAGCGGGGGUCCCCUGGUCUGCAAGGACAACGCCGGUGACUACUUCUGGCUGGUGGGACUGGCCAGCUGGGGCAAGGGCUGCGCCGGGGCCAAGCGGCCCGGGGUGUUCACCUCCACCCAGCACUUCCACACCUGGAUCCAGGUGCAGCUGGGGCUGCUCCCACCAGAAGCUGACGCUCCUGCACCCGAGCCCUUCCCGAGCCCAGAGGAAGAGCCCGAGGCGGACUCGGGCCGUGAGGUGAAUCCCAACCCCGACGACUCGGAGGAUUACACGGGGGUUUCAUUCCAACAGCAGAUCCUGGGGAAAUUCCUGAACCUGCUGCUGGAGCUCCUGCAUUUCCUGAAGGGAGACAAAGCCUGAGCAGCGGGAUGAGCUGAUCCAGUUGUGGCCACCUUUCCUUGCCGGGGCCGUGGCUGCGGGGCCAGGCCAGCGCCGGUGCCCGGGGCUGCUGUGCCCUGCCCACGCUCAGCCCUGCGCCCGCCCCGGCGCUGAAUCCAGCCUGUGCUUGAAUUAGAGUUGUUCCACUUCCCA